AUGCGAAAUCCCAGCCUCAAUCUGCUGCAGUUUCUACUGCUGCCCUGGCUUCUCGCGUCCCUAGCGACACAAUUUGACCCUCUAACUUACGUCAACCCACUGAUCGGUACAACAAACGGGGGCAACGUAUUUGCCGGAGCAACUCUGCCGUACGGGUUGGCCAAGGUCGUCGCCGAUGUAGACGGCCAGAAUACCGGCGGGUUUGCCAUGGACAUGUCCAAUGUUACGGGCAUUUCUUCUAUUCACGAUUCAGUAAAGCACAUCUCCGCCCAUUUGCUCCUCGCCUUUCCCCUCAAGGCUUUUGGCAAAGGACUAACUCGACUUUGUUUUCCCCUUAGGGGACGGGAGGGAAUCCAAUUUCGCAUUGGAGAUCGCAAAGUUCACUACAGGGCGAGCUCGGUUGUUGCCGAACCAGGACUGUUUGCCAUCGAGCUUGCGUCUGGUGUCCAAGUGAACAUGACUGUCAGCGAACAUGCCAGUCUGAUGAAAUUCACGUUUCCAAGGUCAGAGGGGAACCACCCGUUAAUCCUGCUCGACCUCACGGACCUGUGGCAGAGCCGGCAGAAUGCUAGUAUCCUCGUGGACGAGAAAUCUGGUCGAAUGGUUGGAAACGGCACCUUCUUGCCGAGCUUUGGUGCCGGCUCGUACCAGCUUCACUUCUGCGUGGAUUUCGCCGGGGCAGAGAUGCACGACACGGGCGUAUGGGUCAACAACAGGGCGGGAACAGAGCCAAAACAAAUUUACGUCACCCGUGGUUUCAACCUCUUCUACCUGGAGGGCGGUGGCUUUGCUAGAUUCAGCCCCGGGCCCGACAACACAGUUACAGCAAGAGUUGGUCUCAGCUUCAAAAGCUCGGAGCAGGCGUGCGGCAAUGCAGAAAGGGAGAUUCCGAAUCCUCUCAAAGAUUUUGACCUUCUCGUAAAGACUGCCAAGGAUGCAUGGCGAGAGAAGUUAAGCCCGAUAUCUGUCAAGGCCGGCGGGGCGGACAAGAAUCUGUUGACGAGCUUCUGGAGCGGUGCCUAUCGGAGUUUUAUUAGUCCCCAGAACUAUAGCGGCGAGAAUCCUUACUGGGAUACCGGGAGGCCUUACUUUGAUUCAUUCUACUGCAUUUGGGACAGCUUCCGAGCUCAGCACCCCCUCCUCACAAUCCUGGACCCAACUGCGCAAACCCAAAUGGUUCAGUCCUUGUUGGAUAUGUACAAGCACGAGGGAUGGCUGCCUGACUGCCACAUGUCCAUGUGCAAGGGGUGGACUCAGGGGGGUUCCAAUGCCGACGUCGUUCUCGUAGACGCCUAUGCCAAGAACCUCAGCAGUGCCCUUGACUGGGAGCUCGCCCUCGAGGCCAUUGUUACCGAUGCGGAGGAUGAGCCCUUGGAGUGGUCGUACCACGGACGCGGCGGCCUGCAGAGCUGGCGCAAGUAUGGGUACAUCCCGUACCUGGAUUUCGACCCUCUGGGCUUUGGGACCAACUCCCGAAGCGUGUCACGCACUCUUGAGUAUUCGUACAACGACUUUUGCUUGGCUACGCUUGCGGGAGGAUUAGGCAAACAUGACAUGCGGGAAAAGUAUAUGCGCCGCAGCAUGAACUGGCAGAACCUGUGGAAGGAGGACCAAACCUCCGUCAUCAAAGGCAAAGACAGCGGGUUCAAAGGCUUCUUCCAGCCCAAAUACAUGAAUGGCACGUGGGGAUUUCAGGACCCAGUAGCUUGUUCAGCUCUUGGUAGCUUCUGCUCACUGACGUCAAACCCAAGUGAGACGUUUGAGGCCAGUAUCUGGCAGUAUCUGUUCUACGUUCCUCACGCCACCUCCUCUCUCAUCUCACUGGUCAGCGGCGACGAUGCGUUCAUCUCGCGCCUCGACUUUUUCCACGAGAGCGGCUUGGCGGAUAUUUCCAACGAGCCCGUCUUCCUCACAGUUUUCCUCUACCACUACGCCGGUCGCCCCGGCCUGUCUGCGAAAAGGGCUCACCAAUACAUCCCGUCGUCGUUCAACAACACCAACGGCGGGCUUCCGGGCAACGACGAUUCCGGAGCCAUGGGUUCCUUCUUGUUCUUCUCCGUCAUGGGGCUGUUCCCUGUAGCCGGCCAGAACGUGUACCUCAUCAACGCCCCGUUCUUGGAGGAAGUCAGCAUCAGGAGUCCCGUGACGGGGAAGAGAGCAACGAUCCGCGCCCUCAACUUUGACUCUGCAUACAAGAAUGUGUAUGUCCAGAAGGCGACGGUGAAUGGCGAGCCUUGGACAAGGUCGUGGAUUGGGCAUGAGCUCUUUACCGAGGGCUGGACGCUGGAGCUGACGCUGGGCAACACGGAGUCGGACUGGGGGAAGAAGGCUGCUGAUCGGCCGCCGAGCUGGACAGGUUGA